UGGAUUGACGAUGAUAAAAGCCCAAGGGAAAGUGAACUUGGGGCUGACCAUCAUCAUCAUCAUCCUCAUGCUGGGGAGGGGGAGCCAAGAUGUUUACUCCUCGUAGUUUUGUGGGACAAACAUUAACCGCCGCAGCCGCCAUGUCGUAGACCACAUGACGCCUUCCUGGGAGCGCAGGGCCGAGAAAGCGGGGAGGCUGUGACCGAGGGAGGGGAGGAUGUACUGGGCUGCCGGCUUGGCCUCUUCCCGGCCGUGUGUGGUGGAUCUCGGGCGGAAUCACAGCCUCCCUCUCGGGCUGUGUGUGCCCGAGCAGCACCAGUCGUUGUAUGGAUACAUCAUCGCCCUCCCUUUGCAGGACUACGGAGGCAUCAUGACGGCGCUGGCCUCGGACUCCUGGUGGAAGAAGACCCUGUACAUCACCGGGGGGGCCCUCCUUGCUGCUGCAGCCUACAUACUACACGAACUGCUCGCCAUCAGGAAGGAGCAGGAGCUGGACUCUAAAGACGCCAUCAUCCUCCAUCAGUUCUCCAGGCCAAAGAACGGGGUUCCCAGCCUCUCACCUUUCUGCCUCAAAAUAGAGACAUAUCUAAGAAUGGUGGACCUGCCCUACCAGAACUAUUUUGACGGGAAGCUGUCUCCUCAGGGCAAGAUGCCCUGGCUGGAGUAUAACUAUGAGCAGGUCUCAGGGUCAGAGUUCAUCGUAGACUUCCUUGAAGAGAAGCUGGGCGUCAACCUCAACCACAACCUCACGCCUGAGGAGAGAGCCGUGUCACGUGCUGUCACCAAAAUGGUUGAAGAACAUCUGUACUGGACCAUCGCCUACUGUCAGUGGGUGGACAACCUGGAGGAAACCCAGAAGCUGCUGGCCAUGAGCGGCCCUUUAAGCAACACACUGAAGUGGCUGCUGAGCCAACUGAACGGCAGCAUGGUACGCAGGGAGAUGUAUGGACACGGCAUCGGGCGCUUCUCCCAGGAGGAAGUCUACGGCUUGAUGGAGAAGGACAUGAGGACACUGGCCACGCUCCUGGGAGACAAGAAAUACUUCAUGGGUUCCAAGAUAUCAACAUUAGAUGCGACCGUGUUUGGACAUCUCGCCCAAGCCAUGUGGACGCUGCCUGGUACUCGACCGGAGCAACUCAUCAAAGGAGAGCUGAUCAACUUGGCCAUGUUCUGUGAGCGCAUGCGAAGGAAGUUCUGGCCCGAGUGGUUUGUGGACGUGGAGGAUCUUUAUUACGACGGUGACAGCGAGAGUAGCAGCGGCGGCACCGCAUCUCCGACGGGCCUGCUGGACUUUGGGCUUUUCUCCAGGACUGACACGCUUGACGACAGCGACGCCAGCAUCCAUUCGGCCAGAAACACACGCACACACACCCCGAAGUCCGACCACUCGCUGUUCGAUUCCGAUGUGGGCACGGGGUCGGACAAUGAUAUCCACCUACAGGAAGAAACAAUGCCCGACCUGGAGGUUUGACCUGAACAAGAACAUCCAACUUCCUCUCCAAGACGACAUACCAGUGGGCAAGUGUGGCUACGUUAUGCACAGCAUCACAGCUGAAUCUCUUAACUUUUACUUGUUAUGGUCCAGCUUGUUCUCUCCCAAAACGUCACAACUGUCAAGGUGGCAGUUUCUCUUUGCCUUAUUUGUCUGGUCUUGUGAUACAGAAGAUGGCGUGUGAGACAAUAGUGGGAAGAAAAACAUCUCAUGGAGGUACACGGACUCCCUGCUGGGGAACGCAACUAAUCACCGUUUUGCCAUUUGUCUUAAAGCUGAAAGUCACUGAAACAUGUGGCUAAAACCUUCACACGUCACAAUCAUCAUGUUCUUAUCAAAGGUAUGUGCAUGUCCCUGUCAGCUGAUUGGUCACAGUGGGGCAAAAUAGUAUUUAGUCGGCCACCGAUUGUGCAAGUUCUCCCACUUAAAAUGAUGA